UACACGUUAAGUUUGACUUUUUGAGGGAUAAAGAAAAAAAAGAGUGGAAAAAACACUGACUGGAUACAGUGUGUUGACAAUGAUCGUAUAAGUGAUGAUUUAAAAUACCUAGCUAACGAAGUGUCUGACGUGACAGUUCACUUCAGUCAGAAACGAAAAGGGAAGUGAAAGUGACUGGAUUAUAGCUAUGUUAGCCACCUAUGUUCUGCCGCUAGCUACCAGAGGAUAAACUUUUGCCAAGUAUAACUUUCCCAGACGAACAGGUGCAUCCCACAGCUUUACUGAGCAACCAUGAAUUCUGUUACCGAUGGCAAGACUUAUUAUAUCACCACCGACAAAUGCAAGAACAUAAGCGCAGGUCACAUUUGCUACCUAACCGAGAACAGGACACGGAAGAAAGAUAGCAACGAGGUGCCUGUUAUCUGCAUUGACAACUCAGGACUGGACUCCAAGAUGAAAACAAGUAUCUUAGAGGAAAUCACUGUUAAGGAGGCUGAGCUUUUGCAGGCUCUAAAAGACAACGCAGAAAGGCUGAAAUGGUUCAGAGAGGAGGCGGCUCUCCGUACAGCGCUAGGCCUCACCAAAGACACGCCGGUCACAGUGGAGGGCGAGAAGAAAAAGAAGCUGAAGGGAGUAAUACGCUACAUAGGAAGGAUCACAGAGCCUAAGUACUCAGACCCUAUAGCGGGGACAUUCUUUGGGAUCGAACUGCAGGAUAAAGGCAAAGGAAAUACCGAUGGGACAAUUCAUUACAAAACCCUCUUCUCCUGUAGUAAGGAUAGCGGCAUGUUUGCCCCGUUCUCCAAAGUCAGGCCCCUGACACCCAUCCUUCCAGCACCCGCACCACAGUCGAGCCCACAGUCCUUCGCCACCGGGGACAGAGUCACCUUCUUCCUCGAGGAUGAGGAGUACGGCCGACAUGGAAUGGUGAUGGGCCUGGAGGAAAAGCAGGGGAGGAGGCAUGUUUUCAUCUCCACGGACACCAACGAGAAGGGAGAAAAAGGAGGAGAGGUCUGGGUGCCCAUCGAGUGUGUCAUUAAGGAGGAGCUCCUGCCAGAAUCGGACGCCAUGGACGUCAAUGUGCCUGAGGUGCCUAAGAGGGAGGGCCAUAUUCCAGAUCUGGGGGUGGACUCUCUGGUGCAGAUCCAUUUGGGUACUGGUCCUGCCUAUGGAACCAUCCGUUGGAUUGGGGAUCUGCCUGAUUUGGACCACACCAGGGCUGGCAUUGAGCUGGAGGACAGUAUUGGAGUAAGCGAUGGGACCUUCAAGGGGAGGAGACUGUUCCAGUGUCUUCCUCAACACGGACUCUUCGUCAAGCUGGCCUCCUGCCACCCGGACUCCCGAUUUGGGGGGGCGCCUGAGGGGGGUCAUGAGCGGGAAGCUGAGCACAGUUUAGGAACGCUGGGAAAUGUUGAUCCUGUCAGCUCGGAGCAGGUAGACAAGAUUCUGGUCGGCCGGAUGAAGGGGAUCCAGGGUCACUGCAACUCUUGCUACAUGGACUCGGCCCUCUUCAGUCUAUUCUCAUGCACCUCAGUUCUGGACUCCCUCCUGUUUAAAUCAACAGAGACACGUGACGCCCCCAUCCAGAACACACUGCUGCAUGACAUUGUCAACCCCCUCCGCAGUAAGGGCUUCGUGGAGGGGAAACACAUCAUGAAGCUUCGCCAGCAGCUCCAGGAUCGCGGCUACUGCCACUCCUACACCACUGAGGAGAAAGAUCCCGAGGAGUUCCUGUCUCUCAUCAUGCACCAGAUCCUGUGUCUGGAGCCGCUCCUCAAAAUUUCAGCAGGGGGCAAGGUCCAGGAGAGUUACUGCUACCAGAUCUUCCUGGACCACAACCACAGCCUGGUCCUUCCCACCGUCCAGCAACUGCUGGAGCACUCCUUCCACAGCUCUGCUCUCCGACUGGCCGAGGUCCCCUCCUGUGUCAUACUGCAAAUGCCGCGCUUUGGGAAAAAAUUCAAGAUGUUUGAGAAGAUCAUCCCUUCACUGGAACUGGACAUUACUCACCUCCUCUCAGAUGGUCCCCAGCAGUGUGUGAUGUGCGGUCAGCUGGCGCAGGAAGAGUGUGUGGACUGUUUCAGAGACCAGGUCUUCAGCAGGACUGGUUUCAAACUGUUUUGCAAGACAUGUUCCAAGCAGGUGCACUCCCACCCCCAGAGGAGUUCCCACCAGCGCUCUGCCCUGUGCCUCCCCGAGGGCUUCCCUGGCCGGGCGUCGGGCCGCCCCCUGCCCCGGGAGACCCUGGAGCUGUUCGCGGUGCUCUGCAUCGAGACCAGCCACUACGUCUCCUUCAUCAAACACGGACCGAACAAAACCGACUGGAUAUUCUUCGACAGCAUGGCCGACAGGCAGGGUGAGAUUGAUGGCUUCAACAUCCCUCAAGUACAGGCCUGCCCAGAGGUGGCGGUCUACUUGGACAUGCCCCUCGCGGAGCUGGCCAAUCAGGUGCCACGGGACAUGAAGGGCGUGGCCAAACGUCUGUUUUGCGACGCCUACAUGUAUCUGUACCAGAGCUCCAACAUGAUGCUCUACUGCUGAAGGGAGAAAAUCACCUGAGCAUGGUAUCAUAACCUGUAGAAAAAACUGCUAAUCAUUUAUGCCCACUGCUUAAUAUUUCAGACUUCCAAAAACGUUUUAAUGAUAAUUAAGAAUUGUGUUGGUAUAAUAAUAAUUUGGUGUCUUUCUAUAUUAUUUCAUAAAAUGAUUUUUUGUUUGGGUGCAAUUUCAAUUUUCUUUCUUUUCUGAUUGUAUAACAUUUAAAUGCUGUAAGGUUAGCCUAAAAUCUUCCAAUCUUUAUUUCAAUAUUCAAGUGACAUUUCUGUAAGAAAUAAUGAUGUGCACUGUAAUUUUCACCUGUAUCAAAAUAAAAAGCGCUUCAUCUUUCUAGAUGUAAACCCAGCGCUGUACUUUAAAUAAGACCUCUGUGUCUACAAAUUGGAUUGGGUUUUUAGAUGGACCAAUUUAAUUUAGGUCCAAGCCAAAAUCAUUUUCUAUCUUGCUUUUAUUGAUGUUUGUUUUGAGAACCUUGAAGUGGUUGUUUGAACCGGGUCCAGUUAAAUGAUCGUUUGAUCUAGCUCAUUUGAUGUGUUCUCAGGGUUCCUUAUAGUGACUUUAUUUCUGUGUAUAUGGAAAUCAUAUGUAUCUUAAAUGGUAUAGGAAAAUGCCUGGUUCAUUUGGUCUGUAUUUACAUUCCAGAUGCAGUUGUAUCUAUUUGGUUACUUUGGCUUUAAAACAUGACGUAAAUUAUUGUUUAUUUAAUUGCGCUGUAAUGAUUACAAGUGGCAAAAUGGCUUGCUGGUGGUAGGCUGUCGACUAACAAUAAGGAACUUGAAUAAAAGCACUAA